CUUAAUUUAGUUAAUGUAAUGUUUGCGUUUGAUGUAAAAGAUGCAGUCCUGCGCGCCGCGUUCUCGUUUGUGAUCGAGAUCUAUGAACCAACUAUGUCGCAAUGUGACUUCGGGGCAGUGCGCAAGAAUGGCUGCUCUGUCGUCAGUCAGGUCAAACCAAGCACCACGCUGACGUUUUUCAGGGCAUGUUUGAUGCAGCAGUGUCUUCUGAAUUUAGUAUUUUGAUAUCGAGACGUGACGACAAAAAGCGUCAUUGGUGUAGAAGUAGACUGCCGUUCGGUGCGCACAAUCAACAUGCAUGCCUUGGUUUAAUUGAACGAAAGCACGAUGCCGGUAUGUCAGAUACCUUUGAGGGAAAGGUCAAGAGGCACCCUCGGAAUUGCAUUGAUGACGGUGAAUUGCAUCAUCGCAGGUAUGGCACACGUCGUCCUGUUUCUCGGAAUCUACAUCCGGGUGGAGCUCGGGGGCAAGGCACAACUUCUCAAGAACUAUAAUCCCGAUGUGCUGUUCCAUAUGAUGCUGAGCAUUUCGGCAACCCUCAUCAUUUUUCACGCCCCAGGCGCCAAAAUUUGCUAUGACUGCGGCAACUGGAAAACAAGAGACCGGUUCCACGCCUGCUUCCUCUUCUGGCUGAUUGCUGCACUGCUCGUCUCGUUUGUUCCCGUUUCGGCUCUUAUCCUGUGCGCCAUCCACAAGGGGCUCAUCGAGACGGCGUUCGUGGCCGGCUUCAACGAAGCAGCUGUCCGAUACAAGCUCGAUUUGGAGACGAAGGCCCAGCUGGACCGGCUGCAGGUAGGGCACCAGUGCUGCGGAGCUAAGGGAUUCGAUGACUGGACGCGCAUCAGUUGGGUCAAUAUGGACGACGUCAAGCCCAGCAGAACGUUCACCAAAAGCUCAUCAUGCUUAUGAUGGCAAGAUGGCUCCAAACAUCAAUGGACUUGGCCUACAACUGGGGAAAUCCGAAAAUGAUGGCACCGGG